AAAGCGACAAUGCAAACGCCUCUGUACUGACUCGAGAAUCAAGGUAGGCUAGCAGAUGAACAGUGAAAGCUAGCAGAUAGCCAACUACUGUAAGCAGAUGAAUAAUAAAGGCUAGACUCGCAAUAAAGGCUUUCAAAUCGCAUCAUGUGCAACUUCGUAAACCUUGACUUGAUAGAUGAGAUAUUGUUCUUGACGCAAAUGUAGAAACUAAGUACUUAAGUACUAAAGGGGUACCUACUAGUAGUUUCAGCCAUAGCUAGAAUCAACUUGUUCAACAAAAGAACUACACUAUAACUACUCAUUUUUUCUUCAAAUACACCACUGUACUGGCAGUAUAACAAAAAAUGGCACUCGAUCAGACUGCGAGCAGUGUGGGCGGCGACGGGAAGAAAUCCGCUUGGCCCCCGCUGGAGUCAAACCCUGAAGCUUUCACUGCUCUUGCGCGACAAUUGGGUUUGCAACCUGGUUAUGAAUUCGUCGACGUCUUCGGCUUGGACCCUGACUUGCUCAUGAUGGUGCCACAACCCUGUUUGGCUGUAGUCGUGCUGUUUCCGACACAGUGUCAAGUUCUAGAGGAUUUUCGGAAGAAGCAGAAAGAGACGAUAGGAGUAGCAGGACGAGAAACUGAGCAGAAAAAAUCUUCUGAGGAUUACGUCUAUGUCCAUCAAUACGUCGGCAACGCAUGCGGGACAUUCGCUUUGUGCCAUGCUUUGUGGAAUAACCAAGAAGCGUUGGAUGCUGCUAGUCCAUUGCUGAGGUUUUUGGCAGAUGCUAUGAGCGAGAUCACUAAAGAACAGGACAACAAUAGUACAGGUCCAGCUGAAAAGCCACUCGCUGCUCUUCUCGGAGAAGCUUUCAUGAACUUUAAUGACGUUCGGGAAAAACAUGCUGCUAUAGCUAGUGACGCGCGGCUGAAUCAGACGGCUGAGUUGGCAGCUACGGCCAAAGUAGAGGAACAUUUCACUGCUUUUGUUAAGGCCUCACUUAAUCCAUCUUUUAGCCCAUCUGGGAGCUGUCUUCAAGUUGUCGAAGGAUGGACACAGAUGGCGCAAAAGACGGAUCGUCGUGAGUUCUAAUUUUGUUCGCAAAAGUCAAGGAGGCUCGUCUAGCAGGAUAGUGGAGUUAGAUGGAAGACUUCGUGUGGCACUGGAACAUGAAGAUGGGAAGCCAGAGGCCGAUCUGCUACACUCAGUGGCUCCUUUGAUUCAAAAAAACUUCUUUGAUGUAAGGCUACCCCUAAUCCAUCUCUAUAGGAAUCCCUCAACAAUAUGCAGCCCCAUACAAGGGGAAUACUGUGCCAUAUUGUUGAGGGAUUGCCACAGGGAUGAAUUAGCGAGAGCUCUAAUUGAUGUUGCGGCGGGGAGUGAAAACAACUUCGCGGUGCUGGCAUUGGUUAAGACAUGAAGAGCAAUGCAUAGACGGAGCUCUGAUGAUUUUUCAAGCGUUUUUAAUGUUGCGCGAUCGCGUUCGUCUUCGCGAUGUUCUUGCGACAUGUGUAAGAUUUAUAGAUACAUGUUACAACGGCAACACAAGGAAUGAAAACUACGAUUCCUCUGAGACGCUACCUUUCCCCUGAAGAUUCCCCUCCCCGUAAAAAUUUGACGACAAGACGUAAUGAACGCACGCAGAUCCGACAC